AUGCACACUUUAAAAACACUGCAGAGCGACUACCAGAGUGAUGAAGACGUGGUCAUUGAAGGCAGGAUAAGACACCCGUUUUCCCCAAAAUGGAACUCGCCCAGGGGGGGAAUGAAAAGCACAGCCCCCUUACGCGAGCGCUAUGAACAUGAUGGCAGUGCUUGUAAUGGUGUUGACGGUGGCAGUGGUGAUGAUCGGAACGAUCAACGUUAUUAUCAUUAUGGCGAUUACCACCACUACCACAAUGGGGACGAGAAAAGAAAUCCAUCUGCCAAAGAGGAAAACUUCAACUCGAAGAAAGGCGUAUCCAAGUGGGGCAACAACGCUCAUCGGGGAGACAUGCCUCAAGGGGAUACUUCUCAUUUCCAGGGCAGGGGAUCAAAUAACUACCCAACUGCACUGCAAGAAAAUGUAAAAAAAACAAAACUUAAAAUGUACAAAAAUUUGAUAGAGAAAAGAGGGCUAAUGAACUCUGGAAAAUUUUUUCAAAUGGAAUUUGAAAAAAACAAAAAGGGGAGUAAACAUCAGCAGAUUGAUGGUGUUGCAAAUGACAAAAACAUAUGGGUUGGUUCACCUUCAAAAUUCAGCAGCCAUCUCCGCGCAGCCAAACUUGUUAGACCAUUCAUGAAAGAAAAAAAACAUUUUAUCAUCCCAUCUGAAGAAUCGCUACCAGAACAGAGGAUCCCAAAUUGUCCACCUAAAAAGUACAGCCCAUCAGUGGAAUCCUGGAAAGAGGCCGCAAAUUUGGACAUGCGUUUAGACAAUCCACUCACAAGCCGAAUUGGCCAAAAGUUAACGAAAAAAACAUACCGAUUUAAUUAUAGUAACAUCCAUAUUUGCACCUUUAAAAGCGUUAAUGAUAACUAUGUUAAAUUUUUUAGGAGAAGAUUAAUGAGGAGUAAAAUUCAUGCAUUGAUGAAAAUGCAAAAGGGGGAAGGAACAGAAGGAUUUUUCAACCCGUUUGUGAAAAUUCUGUUGAAAUAUGAAAUUCCCUUCAUGUGGAAGACGGAAAUUUUUCACCAACAUAAGCACUACUUGGGAGAGUCCAAAGGGGGGGAAAGGGGUAAUACUCACCCAUACCAAGUUGGUGGAACUGGACCACUGACUCAUUUAAUAAAGGAGGGAGACUCAAGUGGGGCCAUUUCCAAUAUGAGUAAUUUAACUCAGGAAGGAAACUUCAGUUCGAACCGGAGUUAUGACCAUACACAUGGACUUCUAAAUAAAAUUGAAAACAAAGCAGCGACCAAACAUUCUGAGGAUGCACCCAUGGGGGAACAACCAAAUGAUCAUUCCCCAGUGACAGAAUGGUCGACUGCCGGUGGCAUCGUCGAUUCUUACCUGAACAAAAACGCAGAUUAUUUUGAGCAGAACUUUCUCGAAGAGGAAUUUUGCGUGGGGAGCGUUUCAAUGGUGCAUGGUAGUGACGCUGACUGUUGUGAUGCCCAUCCGUGUCAUGCCGAUUCGUGUGAGGUUAACCUUUCCCUGGACGAAUCCAUAAAAACCCUCAUAAGCAACUGCAACAGUAUUUUUAACAACCACUCCAGCAAACCCCCGGGGGAGGAUUUUUCCCAAGCGAAUCAGACAGAGGCCACAGGGAAGGGGACCUUUUCCGUCAAAUUCCACCCACAGAACUAUGACGAAAUUGACCUCCUUAAUGACGAUUGGGUUAUGAACCUAAAUCGUGGACAAGAAGAAAGAACCCUUCCGAGGGAAACAAAUCCAAAAGGUGAAAAAUGCCAACUGGUAAAAGAGGAGAGGCAACCAAUUUGUGACGACUCCUCCCUUGAGAAAAAACACCCUGAAGAAGAAAAACACAGGAAUAACCCCAACUCAACAUAUGUGCGUAAUUCGCGCAGAAGCGGCCAAAUUAAUUCUCACCAAUUCGAAGUGCUACCACCAGGAGGAGAAAUAGCAUCGAAAGAGUUUCGACCAUCGGGGCAGGAUAAAGAAGAAUUGUACACACACGCACAGCAUGACACGCACAAGGGUGAAAAAAUUUGCGCACUGAAAAAAUUGCACAAAAGUGUGAAAGAUAAACAUCCAUUCGUACUAUUACCCGUAGGGAAGGACCAUCAUAAGGGGGCAUUAUCCGACCAGAAAAAUACAAAUAAAGAUGAAGGGAAGAAAAAAAAAAAUUGCUGCAAAAUGAAGAUGAAAAUAUGCCCUAAUGUGGGACUCCCAUAUACCCCUACCUGCCGUCUACACAACAGUGCAUGCAAUAAGAGACACAUAAGAAGAAAAAAAAAUGAUAAGAAGGAUAAUGAAACCAUCAGCUAUUUUCGCUUUUAUAAGAAGAACCUUUUAACCACAAAAGGAGAAAAAAAAAAACGUGUAAACAGCCACGGGGAUAAUUGUAACGAAUGUCCUGUGACUCUGGCGCAAAAUGUCAUUUCUCCCUGUGGGGACUCCGAAAGUGCCUACCAUUUGGAAGAAAAAAAGGAAAAACAUAAAGUUUUGUCCACCAUUAAGAGCGUUCAGGAGAGCGUCCAAAUAACAGCAAAAGGGAAAGACAAACAAAACCGUAUUGUCGGUCAGGCAAAUCGCAACGUAAGAAAUCGAAGUACACACACAAGCACCCCCCAAGGGAACAUUCCAAAUGAGAUACAUGUUGAUAAAGAAAAUAACAAAGCGGAAAUAAAUUCCAUUAAAGGAGAGCAACAUUCCCAAAAUGGCUUCACUCCAAACGGGAUGGAAAGUAAUGCACAGACUUCACCGAACGGUGAGCCACUCCAAGCGAAUCCCAUAAAAAAUGACCAUCUCACUGCUCAUAGGGGUAAUAACGAGCACACCCAUUUGAAAAGGAAAAAGGGUAUCGUCACAUACGGUAACAAAUCCAGUGACGUCUUCACGUCGAAAAAUCGAACGCGUGGAGACACUUUCCAGGGAGAAGAUCCACUCCCUGAUAACGCCAUUUUGGACCACCACAGUAGCGAUAUGGGCUCAUCCCAAAUGAAUCAAUCAGUGCAUGAAAUAGAGUUGAACCUCUUGAAGGGGCAUGUCUCUCUACAUUUUUAUGGAGAAAAUGGAACGAAGGUCCUUCAAUUUAGUAUCGAAUUGGAGGUACUCGAACAGAACUGCAAACUGUUUAAGGGUAUAAGCGAGAGUUCAGGGGUAGUCACCAAUUCGGACGCAAAUCUAGGUCGAGCUGUCAGCAGAAGUGCCGGCCAAAAUUGCAGUGAUCUUCCUGUAAACCCCACCAAAGCGACCAGUCGCAUUAUCAAAAAGGAAGAUAUCAUAAAAAGUUACUGCAAUCGCUUGACCCUGAGUGAGCAGAAGGAACACAUUCAACGCACCAUCAGUAACUCGCUCAGCGUGGAAAAUUUCACAGUCCUAUUUACACUCCUAAAAAUGAAAAAAAAAAUGAACAUUCUGUUACUACAAAUUAACAAAAUAACAGACGAAAUAAGAAGGCUUCUCAUAAUGAUAGAAAAGAAGCUAGAAGAAAUAGACAGCCUUACACCCCAAUUGGAAUUCCUAAGGAGUGUAAAAAAAGAGGCAAAAGUUACAGUCAUACAAAAGUGCAUGAACUUCUUCCUACGCAUAACUAGCAUAUACAGCAACAUCGUCACUUUGAUAAAAACACAAAAUGCGAUUUUUUCACAUUUCAAAUUUAACAACGAAAUGAUUAACAGUUAUUUAUUUUUUGUAAAAAAAUUCUCCACCUACAUAUCCAGCAGUGUAAUCGAAAUAGAAACAUUUUAUGUCCAAAUAAAAAACAUGCAAAAUGAGGAAGCAGAUCAAAAUUGCCUAAACAGGCAAGAAAAAUCCACACUCAAAAAAAUCCACAAAAAGUUAGAAAAUCACUUAAAUAUUCACUACAGGAAAAUAUUCAUGUUUAAACAAAUAUUAGAAAUAUAUUUAAUCGAAUUGAAAAAUUUUAAAAAGUACCAAAAAGAUUAUAUGAUUGGCAAAAUUAACAUUUUAAUUAAUUGCAAAUGUCCAUAUGAUCUUCUCCUCUUUUCCAUCCUCGUUAAAUCGAAAAGUCUCUGUGAAAUAAGUGUGAGGAAAAUAUGCCACAAUUUCGACAUCACUAAUUUUCAGACAAACAAGAAAAUAUAUGCACUCUUUUUGAACAAAAAAAUUAAAAAUAACAUUUUGAAGAAGAUUAAAACAACCGUUGGGGAAAAUGCUUACGUUACGUUAAAAAGUAUUUUUUUCUACAAUGAGCUAAAUGGCCUCAUGAAAAAUUCUUUGCGUAAUGGCGGCGUCAAGGCAGAUCGUCAUCCCAGCCAACAGGGUGAAGAAACACUGCAGGGGAACUCGUCGGACGAACUUUCUGUGCAGUCUCUCCAAGAGAAGGGAAAACCGCCUCGUAAUUUAAAUAACACGCAUGAUGCCUGGAAUAAUCCUUGUGGUGGUAAAACUGGAACGGAUGAAAAGGGGAACGUACCCACAGGGGGAGAAGAAAACCAGAAAGGGGAGUACGAGAAACAUGACGCAGGUGUAGGUCCAAGCGGGAACAACUACGAACUGGUGGAAGAAUCUAAUGAGAGCGUCCCGUCUAAUGUCACAACGAACAACCUGUCCACCUGCUCCUCCCUAAACGACUGCGAAGAUUCAAAGUAUUUACAAAACAUCGGCAAAAUUUUAAAAACGAACAAUGCGCUAACUUUAGUAAAAAAUAUCAGACGAUCCCUAGAUAUAGACAAUCUCUCCUCAUCAAACAACUGCUCGGGGAAGAACAAAAAAGAGACAUACAAAAGCAAAUGCAGUGAGGGAAAAAAGUCGAAAUUUUCCUUCCCCCCAACCGUUCAGGCGCAUUUAAACAGACCUACCCCCCAAAAUGAAGAAAAUUGCAUCAAAUUAAAUUGCACCAGGAAAAAAAAAAUCGUCGCAAAUGGAAUUGACCAAAUGAGGAAAGUCUUCAAAACGUACGAGCGGGGGAGGAAAGCAAAAGGAGAGAAGCACCCCCUAAGAAAAAACAGCUCCAUGGAAAAUGCGGCCUGCAAAACCAAUCCAAAUGGAAGAGGCGUGCCACCCCCAAGUGACAGACGCACAUGCUGUAAAUACAAGUCUGCCUUGAUCGAGCAGCAAAAUACCCCUGAACAGUCAGGCAACAAGGAAAAAAACACACUAUACAACAAAAAGGAAAAGAAAAAAAGAAAAAUCCUUGAGAACAUUGAAAAGAUAAAAGAAAUUGAAAAAAAUUAUAAACACGUACAAGAAAUUCAAAGACAAGAAAAAUUCAAAAAAAAACUGAACGAAUGGAAACUGAAUAAAAUUACAAAAAGGAACAACAUAAAGCUGUUAAAAAUUAGGGGACUGAAAAAUAAAAAAAAAGACUUGUUUACCUCGUUCGUUAAGAAGGAUAUUAACGGGAUAGGCACGGUGAUCAGGUGUCAGAUAAACAAGGGGCAGGGCAUCUGCACUGAUGAAUACCCCACGGAGGUUCCUAGCAACCAUACGGAAAGCGCUUCGUCACAUCUUAUUUCCGAGGGGGGGGAAAAAUGCGUAGAGGACAUUCUGGACAAUUUGAAAAAUUCCACCCCCACAUGCAGAAAAAUGGGAAAAAAGAAGCCCCCUUUGGGGGACUUAAAUGGAGAGGAGAGUGCUCCUACUACGCAUGAAAAAAUGCCCUCAUAUAACCACUUAACCAAAUUUGAUGAUUACACAUUUGACAGAAAUCACCUGAAAGGUUCAGGAAAAAACGGACUUAAUGGAAUUUUAAAUUAUGAAGGAGUGCAAAAGGAUGUCGUAAAAGCAGUUAACACAUCAGAAGGAGUGGCAAACCCACUGGACUAUAAUAUUAUUAUGAACGAUAAAACAAGGAGGAAUUUAAAAAAGGGGAACACAAAUUGUGAAGACGAAGUUACCCUCGAUAAUGAGAAGAACAAAGAUUAUAUUCAUCACCAGACUGACGACCAUUUCACUGAUUCCUUUUUUAAGAAAAAAUUAUAUGAGCCAUCCCCAUCGGAGACGCAUUUUUUUACCGCAGUAGAGGACGAAAAUGAGCACACGGAUAUUAUCCUUUCCCCUAGGCAGAGCAAGAACGAACCAAAAAGAUGCACCCUGAGGGUGUCAAAAAGAAACAUAAAGUAUAAGCCAUCAGAUUACACGCAUGAAUGGAACAAAAGGGAGAGGAUCCCUUCUAAAUGCAUCACGAAAGGGGAUUUUUCCUCCAUUGGGAAGAAAGGAGACCCACCAAGGAAAGUAACAGGGGGGUGUCAAAAUGCUGACUAUACAGAUCAGCGAAGUGAAGUAUCAACGGAAGGAAAUUACAUCCCAAUACAGGAAGAUGAAGACACACGUGUGAACGAAAUGGCUAGGAAAACAUUAAAUGAAUGGUUCAGCAGAAGAAAAAAAAAAACACUUCAUCGAAUUGAAAGUGGCAAAAAUAUUCCAUCUGGAUAUACAACACUUUUCCCCAUCCAAGUGAAGCACAAAAUGCAUUCCAAAAUGGCUAGUAGUUGCGGAAGGAAAAAACCAAUUUAUGACUUCCACACCGGGGGAAUUUACAGAACGAAAGAUUCGAUAGAAAGACGACGGAGAAUCGAUAACUAUGCAAAGGCUCUGAGAACAUCAGGCCCGUUAAAAAAUAUGGAAAUGUCGCUAAAAAAAAUUAAAAAUGUACCAAGUAAAGUUAAAAGGAAAAAUGUUAUUGAAUUCCUCAGACGGAGACAACGUGAAGGAAUGGCAUCGAACCAUUUGAUUUACAAAGAUGAAUACGUUUUUUUGAAAAAAAAUUUGUCCUCGAAAUUUUAA